AUGGCUCCUCCUAGCGUCUUGAUGGUCGGCACCGGCGAGUACACCACCGGCUUUGUCGGCGGUGGUGCGUCUGGCUCAGACAAGAAAGUCGGCGUGGUCGGGUUAACGCUGUUCGACCUGCGGCGGCGCGGCAAGGUGGGCGACCUGAGUAUGGUGGGCGUGUCAGGCAAGAAGUUCCCGGGCAUCCGGAACCACCUGCACCGCAACAUCUCGCAAGUCUACAACGGCCUCGACGUGUCAUUCAACUCCUUCCCCGCAGACAACCAGACCGACCCGGAUGCAUACAAAACGGCAAUCGAUGCGCUGCCCCGCGGAUCCGCCAUCACGAUCUUCACUCCAGACUCGACACACUUCCCAAUUGCCUUGUACGCGAUUGAGCGCGGCCACCACGUGCUGAUCACCAAGCCCGCAACGCAGCGGCUGGCCGACCACCUGGCCCUCGUCGAGGCGGCGCGCAAACAGGGCGUCUUUGUGUUUGUCGAGCACCACAAGCGGUUCGACCCGGCCUACUCAGAUGCGCGCGCGAAAGCCCGCACUCUGGGCGACUUCAACUACUUCUAUAGCUACAUGAGCCAGCCCAAGAGUCAACUCGAGACCUUCAAGGCGUGGGCCGGCCGCGACUCUGAUAUCUCGUAUUACUUGAACUCCCACCACAUCGAUAUCUGCGAGAGCAUGGUCCCGGAUUACCAUCCGGUCCAGGUCACCGCCACGGCUUCCAAGGGUACGGCGGCUGCUAUCGGCUGCGUCCCGGAGACCGAGGAUACGAUUACCUUGCUUGUGGAGUGGCGUCGCAAGGAUGAUCCCGCCAAAGUGGCUACUGGUGUCUACACGGCGAGCUGGACGGCACCUCAGAACGCGGGCGUGCACUCCAACCAGUACUUCCAUUACAUGGCCGCCAAUGGCGAGAUCCGCGUCAACCAAGCAAAACGCGGCUACGACGUGAUCGGCGACGAUCAGGGUCUGAUCUGGGUGAACCCAUUCUACAUGCGCUACGCCCCCGACGAGGAAGGAAAUUUCGGCGGCCAAACCGGGUACGGGUACAUCAGCUUCGAAAAGUUCAUCGACGCAGUAACAGCCGUCAACGAGGGCCGCGUAACUCUGGACCAGCUGGACGCACGCCCGUUGCCUACGCUGCGGAAUACGAUUGCCACGACGGCCAUUCUGGAUGCGGGUCGCAAGUCGCUGGAUGAGAGAAGGCCCGUGGGAAUUAUUUCUGAGGGAGGGAAGUGGGCGCUUCAGUGA